AGAUGGACUUUUUGUUCCACACUUCCACCAAGAAAAGGUAUGAUUGUAUAGUGUGCCCCUAAUUUACCCCCGUACCCCCACCCUGCAGGACCAUUACUGAUGCACAAGAAUCAUAUUCUAAGCCUAACAAUAAUACUUCCAGUAGCCUCAUAUCGUACUGUAAUCUUACCCCUUUUUGCUUAUCCUAAAAAAUACAGUAUUUCUUACUGAUAAAGAGAAAAAUUGAAGCCCUAAUUUUGGUAGCAAUGUUGGAUCCGGCGACUGAUUUGGUACCGCCACCUUCUUCUCCUACAAUUUCAUCUGUUUCUUCGUCUGAUCUCGACACUGAGUCUACAGGUUCAUUUUUCCAUGAUCGGAGUAUAACAUUAGGGACACUCAUGGGAGUUACAUUCCAGGCGAUCACGUUCAGAGCUCCGUCGAUGACUCAAAACCGUCAGUCGAUCGUUGAGAGCUCCGACGGCGCGGGGAGUACUUCUCGGAAGAACAGGAAAUCGAAGAAGAGUAGAGUAGCGGCGGUGGAAGAGGAGGAACGACGGCAUUGCCGAAGGCGGAGGUGGUGGAGGCUUUGUAGAGAUGAGUGUGAUUCCAAGCCUGCGUCACUAGGAGAGUAUCUAGAAGUCGAACGGAGGUUGGGAGACGGAGCAUUUGACGGCGGUGCAGCCGCUGCAGCGGCGGAACUUGAAGGUGUUGUUAUCGAUGCUCAGCCAACAAACGGAAGGACGUUAUUCGCCGACGGGAGAGUUCUGCCGCCGGUGGAAGUUGAGGAAGAGUCAUCGUCGGCGGGAGCUUUGGGGUUGUGUAGAUUCUCGGUGGCGUCGCUUUCGGGAAUCUGUAGCCGUGGUGCUGGCUGUGUUGGGUAAGCAUUAAAAUGGGACUUAUCAUUAAAUUUUUGAUUCGUCAUUAAUUAGUGUAAACUUUGUCAUUAAAUAUAGUGAUUAAGAAGAUGCCUGAACGCAAAGAAUGAAAGAAUCAGAAAAAGCAUACAGUAAAUCGUCCUUUAUUAGUGACUCUCUGUUUAUUCUCAUUAUCUUUAUCGUCAUGAUAUUUAUUUGGAUUUAUUUAUUUAUUCUAUUAAGUAAAGGCAAGUUUCUGACCCUAGUAAUUGUCAGGAUGUGAGAAACUCUGGGCUAAGGAAAGAAAA